AUGAGUUCGACUGAAGCUACACCAUCAUUUGAUGUGACCGAUGGUUCAGAAACAAUGAAUGAUUUUUCAUUUGAAAAUAAUCAAAGGAAAUAUUUUACAAAAAGUGAUAAACAACAAGUUGAUAUUGAAAAAACAAGUAAUAGAUUUAAAUAUUUGUUAGGAUUGACUAGUUUGUUUCGUCAUUUUAUUGAAGCUAAAGCAAAUAAAGAUCCUUUAUUUCGUAAAAUUGUCGAUGAUAUUCAUGAUUCAGAAUCCAAGCCAGGCAAAAAGGGAUCCGAUGCUAGUAAAAGAAGAAGAAAAACUGAAAAGGAAGAAGAUGCAGAAUUGUUAAAAGAUGAAAGAUUAACUAGUUCAAUUUUUGAAUUCACUGAAAGUCCAGGAUAUGUUGAUGGGAAAUUAAGACCAUAUCAAAUCCAAGGUUUAAAUUGGUUAAUUUCAUUAUAUGAAAAUAAUUUAUCUGGGAUCUUAGCUGAUGAAAUGGGUUUGGGUAAAACUUUGCAAACAAUUUCAUUUUUAGGAUAUUUAAGAUAUAUGAGAGGUAUUAAUGGUCCUCAUCUUGUUAUCACACCUAAAUCAACUUUGGAUAAUUGGCAACGUGAGUUUAAUCGUUGGAUUCCUGACAUCAAAGUUUUGGUUUUGCAAGGGGAUAAAGAUGAAAGAGCAGAAUUGAUCAAAUCAAAGGUUAUGCAAUGUGAAUUUGAUAUUAUCAUUGCAAGUUAUGAAAUUGUCAUUAGAGAAAAGUCUACACUUAAAAAAUUUGAUUGGGAGUAUAUUGUCAUCGAUGAAGCUCAUAGAAUUAAAAAUGAAGAGUCUUUGUUAUCACAAAUCAUUAGAAUGUUUCAUUCUAAGAAUAGAUUAUUAAUCACCGGUACUCCAUUACAAAAUAACUUGCGUGAAUUAUGGGCUUUGCUUAAUUUCAUUUUACCAGAUGUUUUUGCGGAUAACGAAUCAUUUGAUGAAUGGUUCCAAAAGGAAGACCAAGAAGAAGAAGAUCAAGAUAAGGUUAUUUCUCAAUUACAUAAAGUUUUGAAACCUUUCUUGUUGAGAAGAAUCAAAGCCGAUGUUGAAAAGUCAUUAUUACCAAAGAAGGAAUUGAAUGUUUAUGUUAAAAUGGCUCCAAUGCAGAAGAAUUUGUACAAGAAAAUUCUAGAGAAGGAUAUCGAUGCUGUUAAUGGAUCUAAUGGUAAAAAGGAAUCGAAAACAAGAUUGUUGAAUAUUGUCAUGCAAUUGAGAAAAUGUUGUAACCAUCCAUAUUUGUUUGAAGGUAUGGAACCAGGUCCACCAUACACCACUGACGAACAUUUGGUGUUUAAUUCGCAAAAGAUGCUUAUUUUGGAUCAAAUGUUGAAGAAAUUCCAACAAGAAGGCUCAAGAGUAUUGAUUUUUUCACAGAUGAGUAGAAUGUUGGAUAUUUUAGAAGAUUAUUGUUACUUCCGUGAAUAUCAAUACUGUCGUAUUGAUGGUCAAACUGAACAUUCUGAUAGAAUCAAUGCCAUUGAUGAGUAUAAUAAACCAGGAAGUGAAAAGUUUGUGUUUUUAUUGACAACAAGAGCUGGUGGGUUAGGUAUUAAUUUAACCACUGCUGAUAUUGUUAUUUUAUUUGAUUCAGAUUGGAAUCCACAAGCAGAUUUACAAGCUAUGGAUCGUGCUCAUAGAAUUGGUCAAACCAAGCAGGUUAAAGUUUUCAGAUUUAUCACUGAAAAUGCUAUUGAAGAAAAAGUUUUGGAAAGAGCAACCCAGAAAUUAAGGUUAGAUCAAUUGGUUAUUCAACAAGGUAGAAAUACUGGUGGAUUAGAUGGACAACAAAGUAGUAAGGCUGCAUCGAAGAAUGAAUUAUUGGAUUUGAUUCAAUUUGGUGCUGCUGAUAUGUUCCAUAAGGAUAACUCUGCUGCGCCAGGAGGAUCUGGUGAAGGGGAAGCCACGGUUGACAUUGAAGAUAUUUUGAAGAAAUCAGAAGAAAAAACUCAAGAGUUAAAUGAAAAGUACGCCAAGUUGAAUUUGAAUGCUUUGCAAAAUUUCAGUAAUGAUGAUUCAGUCUAUAAUUGGAAUGGGGAAGAUUUCAAAAAGAAAGAAUUGGGAAUCCAAUUACCGGUUGUUGAACUUGGUAAGAGAGAACGUAAGGAGAAUUAUUCUGUUGAUACCUACUAUAGAGAUGUUUUCAAUGCUGGUAGUAAUAAAUCGUCUUCAACUACUAGUAGAUCUGGUCCAAAACCACCUAAACAAUUAAACAUCUAUGAUCAUCAAUUCUACCCAGCAAAAGUUCUUGAGUUGUAUGAAUUGGAAAAGAACUAUUAUAGAAAACAAAUCAAUUAUAAAGUUCCCUUAAAAGCUGCUGAUAAAAACACUCUGCAGGAAGAGCUAGAAAAGGAGCAGCGUUUGGAACAAGAAGAAAUUGAUAAUUCACGCCCAUUGACUGACGAAGAAAGAGCUUUGAAAGAGGAGUUAAUGCAACAAGGUUUUAGUACUUGGAACAGAAGAGAUUUCCAUCAUUUCAUACUGGUUUGUUCCAAGUAUGGACGUAAUUCUAUUAGAUUAAUUUCCCAAGAGUUUGAAGACAAGACUGAAGAGGAAGUUCGUGAAUAUGCGCAAGCAUUUUGGAAAAACUAUCAAGAAAUUGAUGGGUACGAACGUUAUAUUAACCAGAUUGAACAAGGUGAGGAAAAGAUCAUCAAGGGUAAAGUACAAAAGGAAGCAUUGAGAAGAAAAUUAUCACAGUACAAAUAUCCAUUGCAAGAAUUGGUAUUAAAAUACCCUCCAGCAUCAACCAACAAACGUGUUUUCAGUGAUGAAGAGGAUAGAUUUUUAUUGGUUCAAUUAUACAAAUAUGGACUUGAUCUGCCUGAUGUUUAUGAUAACAUAAGAGAAGCUAUUCGUCAAUCACCAUUAUUCCAAUUUGAUUUCUUUUUCCAAACAAGGAAUUCAGGUGAAUUAUCAAGAAGAUGUACAACUUUAUUGGGAUGUGUGUUGAAAGAAAUAAACCCUGAAAACAAUGUCAAUUAUGGUGCCGGUUCAAACAAUGGGAAACGUUCAAAGGAUGCUACACCUGAACCUAAAAGUAAAAAACAAAAGAAGUAA